UUUUAGUUUUACAGAUACUGUGAUAAAAAUCCGGAAUCGACACAAUGAUGUAAUUCCUACAAUGGCUCAAGGAGUAAUAGAGUACAAGGAAAGCUUUGGCAUUGAUCCAGUGACCUCACAGAACGUGCAGUAUUUUUUAGACCGUUUCUACAUGAGUCGCAUUUCAAUUAGAAUGCUUCUUAAUCAACACUCUUUACUGUUUGGUGGGAAAAUUAAUCCAGCUCAUCCAAAACACAUUGGAAGCAUUGAUCCUAGCUGCAAUGUUGUUGAAGUUGUUAGAGAUGGCUAUGAAAGUGCCAAGAGACUUUGUGAUUUAUAUUACAUGAGCUCUCCAGAACUCAUCCUUGAAGAGUUGAAUGUCCUGAAUGCUAAAGAGCCUUUCUGGCACUACGCACUAGAGUGCUUUUCAAGUUCGGACAGACCUACAAAAACAAGCAAUCAAAAUUGCUUCUACGAGUAA